AUCUAUUCUCUGUUUAUUUCUAUUUAUACGGAUUAUUCAUGAUGGUUUUGUCUUUUGUGAAGAAUGAAAAGGAAAAAUUGAUAUAUACUUAAUAUGUAACGUUAAAAUUAAAAAACAUGAUGUCUGGUAAAGACUGAUGUGAAGGUCACAAUGGAAAGUGUAAGAGAUUUAACGGCAAUAUUGCCUUAUGUACAGUCAGGACUUCUUAGUCAAGAACAACAACAUCAAAUCACAAAUUAUGCGCCAAGCUCAGACCGCUACAAUCGCAAUGCCGACAGUGGUUAUUCAUCUCGCAAUGGUACAUCUCAUGGUGAUUAUUUGUCUGAACUGGACUCUUCAAAUACCUUUGACUCACCAUACAAAAAGAAUAAAAUUACAAUCGAGGCACUCUGCGUUCACUACAAAUUUCUCAAGUCUGAGAUAGAUCCAAAGGAAGUUGAAGACUAUCUGUAUGAAUUGGAAGCAAUAGACGACGAAAUAUUGGAGAAGUGUAAUGCAGCUACAAACAGAAGAAGGAGGGUUGAUAUUCUUGUGAAGCAUGUGUAUAAUAUUGCAAAAUGGAACAACGAUCAGAUUUUGAAGCAUUUUGAGAAGUCUCUUAUACGCACCAACCAAAGCUAUGUAGUAGACAAAAUAACAGAACCUUUUUCAGAACUAAAUGUAAGAGUCACUAUUCCAAAUGCACAAUUGAAAGGUUUCAUUCACGAAAUGGAGAGUGGUAUUUUUGAAAACGUUGACCCUAAAAAUUUCAUUGAUGAUCUUAUAUCUGAGGGGGCUAUAACUUUUGACGAACAUGAGGACAUAUCACAACAUCCAUUUAGGAGGGACAGGAUUUCAUUUUAUAUGAAUAAAGUGAAACUGGCGUUCAGCUCUGCAAAUAAUGAGAUUCGUCUUAGAAAGCUUAUUCUGCCAAUGAUCAAUGUUUAUCCGAAAGUAUUUGAAGAAUACGAGAAUAAAUCACAUCGGAACCCUUCAAACGUGCCGCUAGUAAAGCUUGAUUCAUUGGUGCAAGUGAGAUGUCAUCUUAAAGGAAAAAGAGGAAAUUGUGAUUUUCGGCAGAUAGAACGCAACUGUGUCCGUAAUUUCUACUCCGACCAAUCUAAAUAUGAAAACUGGCUCGAAACAUGA